AUGGCAGCGGUGGAGGCAGAGUCUGUGUUUCUGACUCAGGGAGACAUGUCAAAGUACAACUAUGCGCAAGUGGCACGCCAGUUCCAGAAUGCUAUCGCCGACAUCGCCCAGACACUGCCGCAGAUGUGCACCACCCUUCCGAAACAGAGCAAGGGCCAGUGUUCAUCUGACGCAUCAAUAGGAGUGGGCUACUCUCACAGCGCCAGUGCUAGACACGCCAGCGACGAUGCAGAGGAGCUCAACGAAGAGACGAGCCGGGGCAGCAAGCGCAGCGCGGACGUUUUGGAGGGUCUGUUGGGCGAGGAGAGGGGAACGAGCGACGAUGCCAAGCGGCCCAAGUGCCCCGACGCGCGCAUGCUCAGCCACGAAGAAAAACUUGAGCGCAGGCGCGAGGGCAACCGGCGCGCGGCGCAGCGGCUGCGGCAGCGGCGCAUGGAAACGGUCUCCCGCCUGCAGACAGAAAUAUCGCGCCUGGAACAGGAGCGGCUGGUGUACCUGAACCACAUCUAUCAGCUGGCGGCCUCUGCGCGCUCUGUUGUGGCUGAAAACAAGGACCUCCGCGGACGCCUCAAGGCCCUUCAGACCGGCACCUCUGCACUGGUGGCCGAGGCGGCUCUGCCGCGCGCUACCGGGAAGGCGGCAGCGUCAGCCGCAGCCGAGGCGCUGCUGGGCCGGGGCGGGGGAGGGAACGCCAAGGCCGGGGGCAGCAGCAGCGCUGCCACUUCACGCAUGGACUUCGAUGCCGUUCGCCGCGAGCUCUUUGUGCCCGCCGACUCACCCGUCUGGCCCUUCCCGUGCGAUCUUGUUGACGAAUAUGUGGAAGCCUGCCCAGUGCCGGUUCUGGAGUUCUUGCCGGUAAUUGGAGACAUCCGCGUUUCACAUGUGGAAUGCUGA